CAGCUCUUCUUGCUACCGGUCUAACUGGACAGAGUAACCCCAUUCAAGGACUGAGGUUGGUUUUCUCCCUUCCUUUUUUUCCCCGUCAAGGGUUAACUGCAAUUCCUGGCUUGUUUCAUCAAGCAAAAUUCCUCCCUGGGAAAACGCCUAUUUUUCUCCUAAGAGCCGGUAUGUUUAAAAGGCUGUUUGUGCUUGAACUACACACACUCUUCAAGAUGUCCUUCUGGGUGGCAGUCGUGGUUGCCUUGGUGGUCAGUCUUUUUGGGGCCUUCUACCUCAUGGGCUUCUUCCGCCAAAAACGACCCAAUGAACCCCCUUUGGACAUAGGACUCAUUCCCUGGCUUGGACAUGGAUUACACUUCCGAAGUGACAGUCUGGAUUUCCUGCAAAGCAUGCAGAAGAAACAUGGAGAUAUCUUCACCACCUUGAUUGCAGGACAGUAUUUCACCUUCUUGAUGGACCCGUUGUCUUUCGGUAGCAUCUUCACGGAAGCCCAAAGCAAACUGGAUUUUAUUUCAUUUGCAGCUGAGCUGGUUCUCAGGUUGUUUCAAUUUGAGGCCUCCCAUGACACUCACAAGAUCCUCAAAGUCUCCAGCGCAAAACAUCUGAAGGGAGAGGGCCUGGUGGUGAUAACCGAAGCCUUGAUGGACGCUUUACAGGCCGUCUUACUUCAAUGGCAAGAAACCUCCAAAGAGGAUCCAAAGUCCUGGAAAGAAGACGGCUUGUACCACUUCUGUAACAACACGGUCUUCCGAGCUGGGUAUCUGGCUUUGUAUGGCACCGAACCAGCUAAAGGUGAAAAUCAGAAAGAAAAGGCGGAACAAAGAGACCAGCAUCACACCGAAGAGAUAUACAUUGAAUUUUGCAAAUACGACAAACUCAUCCCACGCCUGUUAUACUCCUUGUUGACUCCAUGGCAGUGGAGCCAAGUGAAGAACCUCUGGAACUACUUCUGGCAGGUGCUUUCGGUGAAGAACAUCUACCAGAAGGAAAACACCAGCCGGUGGAUCAGUGACCAGGCUCAACAGCUGGCCGAAAGUGGGAUUUCAGAAGAGAUGAGAGACCGAUACAUGUUCCUGCUCCUUUAUACUGCUCUAAGUAACACCAGUCCAGCUUCCUUCUGGCUUCUGGAGUACCUGAUGAAGCAUCCCAAAGCCAUGGAAGAGGUCAAGAAGGAGAUCCUGGAGGUGGUGAAGAAGUCAGGCCAAGAGGUGACCUCCCGUGAGAAGCCCUUGAAUGUCACCAAGGAGAUGCUAAACCAAACGCCCAUCCUGGACAGCGCUUUGGAAGAGACCCUGAGGUUAGUGACAGUGCCGUUGUUGAUCCGGUUGGUUUUACAAGACAUGGAUUUGAAGCUCCACAAUGGAAAGUCCUACUUGUUGCGUAAAGGUGACAAAAUUGCCCUCUUUCCUUACCUCUCGAUCCACAUGGACCCUGAAAUCCAUCCGGAUCCCCAGGUCUUCAAAUAUGACCGUUUCCUCAGCCAAAACGGCAACAAAAAGGAAUUUUUUAAGAAUGGCGAGAAGGUGAAAUAUUUCGCCAUGCCUUGGGGAGCUGGGACCUCCAUGUGUCCCGGCCGCUACUUUGCCACCAAUGAAAUCAAGCUUUUCACCUUCCUGAUGCUGGCUUGUUUUGAUCUGGAACUGAUCAAUCAGCAGGAGGAGAUCCCUCCCACCAACAAGACCCGCUACGGGUUUGGGGUGAUACAACCCAUGAAUGACGUCCAAUUUAGGUACCGAUGCCGGUGCUAAAGGCCAAGGCUGCGAUCCGCACACACGAUGAUCCAAGAUAACCAGGGAGAUUUCACCAAUGAACUGGUUUAUCUCUAUGUAGUAGAAUUUCUCUCUCUCUCUCUCCCUCUCUCUCUCCCUUUCUCUCCCCCCCUUUCUGUCUCUCUCUCUGUGUGUGUAUGUCUGCCUGUGUGUGUGUUUGUAUGCUAACCUUUCCUUUCUUUUUCAUACUUAGCUUGCACAUGAUAAUCUAGGAUAAUCUGGGACAUAUCACUAGUAUAUUAAUUUAUCUAUGUUAUUUAAUCAGACUCUUUGUGUGUAUGAUUGUGUGUGUGUGUGUGUGUGUGUUUGUGUGUGUGUUAACUCCUUUUCCUUUUGCGCACAAUCUAGGAUAAUCAGGGAUAUCUCACCAGUGAACUAUAACAUUAUGAAAACAUUGUGUGUGUGUGUGUGUGUGUGUUAACCCUUUUCUUUAUUUGUGCACACUUAUCUUGCACAGGGUAAUCUAGGAAAACCAGAGGUAUGUCACUGGUGAACUAAUUUAUCUCUAUGUUAUGGAAUCAGACUGUGUGUGUGUGUGUGUGUGUGUGUGUGUGUGUGUGCGCGCGUAUCUGUGUAAUGACCAGGACUUAGGGGACAGUAUCAAUUGUGAAUACAUCCAGAUGGCCCCACUCUCUCUGGCUACUUGCAGACCCAUGAUUGCAAGGUCAUGAAAAGACAGCAAAGGAAACACCCAAUAUUCUACCCCACCCGGGAACAUGUGGUGCCUUGGGGAAACACCCAAUAUUUUACCCCACCCGGGAACAUGUCAUGUUUGGAAACACCCAAACCACCAAAACAGAACAUAUUAGCUACUUCUGCUUUCUUCCUUUUUUAUCUACAGUGUGCCAACCUUAAAGGGCAAAGUCUCUAUCUUAUGUGUGUCAGCUUUGCUGGAGCAUAACUUAUGUAAUCAAAGUAGGCAUAAAAAUAAGGCCUUUUCGAUAUUUGGAGCUUUUCUCUUUUUAGAGAAGCCUGUCUUUACUCAGCUGAAUA